UCAAGCUUUGAAUGCACUUCCUAUCAGACUCUGCUUUUCUUCCUACAUGUUUGAGAAUUUUUCAGAGAAGUUGUGAUCAAUCCGCUGUCUGUUCACUUAUCCAGCAUGUGACUUUCACACGCUCAACGCUCAUAAAUACCCACGCUUCCAUGGAAAAUCCACCAAGCUCUGUGUUUUUCCCCUAAUGGAGAAACUUCCUCUUCUCUCUCUCCUUUUCGCUCUCUGCGUUUCGAUUGUUUGCGCUGAAGAAGAAAAUGUUUUGACCUUAAAUGCCGAACCUCCUCUGGUAGAUGGGCUUUCAUGGAGGUUUUAUAAGAACACCUGCCCCAAACUGGAAUCCAUUGUUGAGGAAAGGAUCAAGUUUUAUCUAAAGGAGGACAUUACUCAGGCCGCAGGGUUGCUGCGCCUUCACUUUCAUGACUGUUUUGUUCACGGGUGUGAUGCUUCUGUUCUGCUGGAUGGAUCGCCCAGUGAGCGAGACUUCCCUUCAAAUAAAUCGCCGCGGGCGAAAGUUUUUGAAAUAAUAAACGACAUUAAAAGGCGUGUGAACAAGGCCUGCGGUGUCGUCGUGUCCUGCGCAGAUAUCACUGCUCUGGCAGCUCGGGAUUCCGUUGCAGGGAGUGGAGGGUCAAAAUACAAAGUGCCUCUAGGGCGGAAGGACAGCUUGAAGUUUGCGAGUAAUGAGACCACAAUCGCAAACCUUUCAGCCCCAACCUCCAAUGUCACAACCCUCAUUAAGACUCUUGCUACCAAAGGUCUUGAUGUCACUGACCUUGUGGCUCUUUCAGGUUUGCCCAUAUUGUUAAUAAGCAAACAUUUUGAUUGUUAG